AUGUAAACCACAGAAACAAUUCGUCAAUUGCUUUCAAAACGACAAUGACGAGACUACAGAUCAAGCGAGCUGCUGUUAUUGGAGCCGGGCCGUCCGGGAUUGCGGCGUUGGGGGCGUUGGUGAGGGAGGGGUUUACGGAUGUUAGGUGUUUUGAGCGGAGGGGUGAGGUUGGUGGGACGUGGGUCUACGACGAUGUACCGAAGGAUUGCGACGUGAGGCGGGAUGAUCCCACGGCGGAUCAUUCGUGGAAUGCGAUUUAUCCUACCUUGGUCACCAAUGUUCCGGCGGAAAUCAUGCCGUUUACCUAUGCACCAUUUCCCGACCUUCCGCCCGGAUCGACCAUUAAUCCGUUAUGGCGACACUAUACAAUCGUGAUGUCCUAUCUCCAACGACUUGCUGCUCCAUUUCUCCAUCUGAUCUCGCUCAACACCUCGGUUGAGUCCGCACGCAAAGUCGGUGACGAAUGGGAAGUGCGAGUGAGAAGAGGAGAGGAGGAGUGGACGGAGACUUUCGAUGCCGUCGUGGUGUGUUCCGGGCACUACAGUGUGCCCUAUAUGCCGGAUAUCAAGGGAUUGAAGGAGUAUGAAGCGAAAUGGAAGGGGCGCGUGAGCCAUACAAAGGAGUUUCGUGUACCGGAGGCGUUUCGUGACAAGAACGUGCUGGUUAUCGGUGGUAAUAUCUCUGCGUUCGACUUGUGCAAGGCGAUUCUCCCCGUUGCGAAAAGACCCGUUCACGUCUCUACCCGCUCGCGACAUCCAAUGUUCCCCGACGCGCUGUCGUCCGCGGAAUCGGUGAUCGUCCCGCACGGUGUCGUAUCCGCCUUCCAUCCCGAAGACGGGUCCAUCGAGUUCGCGGAUGGGCAGGUGUUACGCGAUGUCGAUCACGUCAUCAUCGCGACGGGAUACAAGUGGAGUUUCCCAUUCCUCGGACAAGGGGCGACGAAUAAGGAUCUGCGCAUUAGGAAUACGUAUUGGCAUACAUUCGAUAGAGAUGAUCCGACGCUUACGUAUGUCGGUACCGCUGCGAAUUCGAUUUCGUUUCGGGUUUUCGAGUACCAGGCCGUCGCUAUCGCUCGGGUAUUUUCCGGUCUUGGCAGGCUUCCUUCUGUCUCAGAAAUGAAGGCAUGGGAGGAUGCGCGAGUUGAGGCAGUUGGGGAUGGGAGUUUGUUUCAUAUUGUUGGAUGGAGGGGUGCGAAGGCGUUUGCGGGUGCGAUGAGGGGGAUUGCGGGGCUGGAGGAUGGGAAGGGAGGGGAGAAGGUUUUGCCGAGGUGGAGGGAGGAGUGGGAGAGAUGUUUGGAGGAGGGGAUUAAGGUUAGGAGUGAGACGUUGCUUGGGGAUUUGGAGAUGAGGAAUUGAUGUUCUGAGAUUGAGGAUAUGGUGGGAGCGCAAGGGGAGGCGUGCACGAUAUCAUGACGGAGGCUCGACAAGGCCAAAGAAGAUAGCCAAA